AUGAUCAUCUCUCGGCCUACUCUUGAGGUCGUCUACCAAUAUUCCAAAAUGGGAUCGAUUCCCAAAUUCGUUAACUUGUAUCGUUUGUAUGCUGCUUUCUCUUGCUUUACAUUACAACUGUUGCCAAUCUUUCUUGAGAGCUGUCCCAAUCUAAAACACCUCAUCUUGGACUAUACUGUGGUUUCUGCGCAGCCAGAGGAAAUUGAACUUAGCUAUGUUCCUCGGUGUUUAACAUCAAGUCUUGAGCGUGUUGAUAUUAACAAACUGAUUAUGAAGGAGGAAACUGGGAUUAAGCUAGUUAAUUACUUUCUUGAGAAUUCUGCAGUACUCAAGGAACUUACUGUGAGUUUCACUGACUCUCCUGUGAGCAACCAAGAGCGGGAUAUCUACAAGAACCUUCUUACAUCCAACAAGCUUUCUCGCAGAUGUCAAGUUUCCAUUUGUUGA